AUGGAUCGAAAAGUGUUGUUAGAAGUCAAAGACAUCGAUUUUGAAAUCUCGGACCUUAUCGUCCAAGCAAAGAAAUACACCGAACACUACCUUGCUUCCAACUUAGCAGAUGAAUUCAUACCAAUUGCAAACGAGUCAACGGUUGACAAGAUCACACGAAUCGAAGGUACUCUCGACAGACUUUCGGAGACAAACUCAGUCCGCGAAUUACUGAUCAAAACAAGUUCUCUCAUAGUCGAUGAGAUGUUUGAUUUCAUCGAUUUAUUUAAAAGCGUAGUGUCAAUUUGUGAAGAUGAAGAGCCGCAAAUUAUUGCGUCCAACAACACUUUAGUAUCACUUUUGCUCCAAACAGAACAAGAGAAGACGGACGAAGAAAUCGGAAAAAAGCCGACAAAGAAAUCCGCGCUAUUGCGAAAGUUGGAGUGGCGAAAAGAUGAGAUCAGAAAACUGGAAAUGUGUGAAAAAGAACGCAUUUCUUUUUCGGAGAUCCAGCCCAUACAUCCCAUGCUUUCACCAGACAACAUUAUGAAAAUGGAAAUGUGGUCCAAGCUCAAAGUAAAGAGUGUAGUCUUUGAUUCCAAUAUAGACAACUGGAACAAAGACAACUCCGUCUUUUCUCAGAAGAUAGUCGGUCUUCAAAAUUUUUCCGUUUUUAUCAAAGACGUUCAAGACAACAUCUUUGGUGUUUUCAUUCGAGAAAAAGUGACAAAGCGGAGUGGGUGGGUGACUGACAAAAAUUCGUUUGUUUUCAAGUUAAAAUCCAAUUCCAAGACAACCAGUGAGUGUUUCUUCGCCAACGAAGACUGUUUGCAUAUGUUUGCUGUCUUCGAUGAUGACAAAGAGGGGUUGUUUGCAGUUGGUGAUGGUCAUGACAUAGCAGUGAGGAAGAAAGGAAUCGAAGGGAGUUAUUGCUCACCAAAGUCUUUUCAAUAUACAAAUGGUGGGGAUCUAUGUGGUGGAAAGUGGUUUGUCCCUUAUCAUAUAGUAGUUCUUGAUUACAAGUAA